CCAAGAACCAGCAAGCCUGACUCAGAUCUUGAGAGUGGUUGCUUUAAAAUCCAGAUCAUUAUGGUCCUCCUCUUCUUCACUCAUCUGCUAUUGGUGGCCCUUCUGUUUCAACACACAGAAGCAAACAAGGAAUUCAAGAGAGAGAAAUCCCCUAAACGUGAUGAAACAGUACAUUAUGAAGAAUUUUGCCUACAUGUUCCUGAAUAUCCUGACUCGCACGGCUCACUAUUUGGAACUCACCUGUCCACAAAGCCAGUAUCCCCGACUAAAACAACCACACAGAAACCCAAGAUGCGGAAAUUGCCAAAAAAACAAAACAAAAGACCCAAAAGACCCACAAGCCCGUUUGAUGGUGAUACUGAUCUAGUGGUACCACAAUCUGCCCCCGUUGAUAUGCGUAGCCCAGAAGGAUGCUACUGCACAGAGAAAAACAAGAAAUCAUCCACUGAGACCUCCCGAGUCAAGAGCUUGAAAAUACAAUUUCCCAGUGAAACCUGCAACUCAACUGAACACAUUGAGACUUUAAUGGACGGAAGGAAAGUUUGCACAACAAAUUUCAGCCUUAUUACUCAUCUUCGUCGCUUCCUGUCCAAACCAACACCUGUGCCAGGCCCCACAGAAUCACCUGAGGUCUCUUUUAUUGUACGUCAGACCCCAUCUGAAGAGAAAUCCUCUACCACACAGCUGGCUUUCAUAACCAAUUGGCCCCCUCCUCUUUUGCCCUCAAAGGAGUUGUAUGAUGACCCUCUAAACCAAGACGAUUUUAGCAAUAUUUCCAAUUGUAAAUUAUGCAAUCCAUUCAUGGAAAACCUGGAUGAUGUUGACCUAAAGGCUGUGCAGUUUCUGGAUGUGAUCAAGCAAUCUCCUCUGUGUGCUUUCAAUAUUUACAUAAACCAAAACGAUGGGAGAGUUUUCUGUUCCAACGUGUCCAGUUCCAAGAUCCUGCUACAGAACCUGGAAAUCCCUUUACCCCAAGAGGAAAAUGCUGUUGCUGGAUGUCGUUGUUAUGAGAAAGCCAAGAAACGUCCUGCUGAAACCCUCCCUGUCACCAGAGCGAGGAUUUGGCUCUCAAGUGAAAACUGCAGUUCAGCUGAGUUCAUAGAGACAUUGUCAGACGGCAGGGAAGUGUGUGUGACUCCACCAAGCCUUGUCACAUAUCUUGAUACAUGGGAGGAACACCAUGUUGGUGUAUAUAUAACUGAAUUAAGGACCAUUGAACAUUAUCCAGAAUUUAGUUUGAGUAAUUCGAUAUCAAUGGAACCAAUGGAACGAAAACAUUGCAUGCAAUGUUUAUAUCUUGUAAACUGGGACAUCUUAGACCCAAAGGAUGUUCAGUCCCUGACGAUGAAUUUACCAUCAUCUGACUGUCCUGCCAUCAUUACAGUCAGUCUGAUUGAUGGAGAAGACAUUUGUAUGGAUUCCUCCAAUCGUGGGUUUGUGAAGCUUCUUGAGAAGUUUGAAUUGAAAGAACCAGAUGAACCUUGAACCAGAGUUCAAGGUUCAAUGUUCAUUUGGCCAGUUUAGUUCUGUAUUUGACAAUAGAAAGCAAUUUGGAAAUAGCUAUCAGUGAUAUUAUUCGGCUUGCGUUUAUUCAGCAAUAAAUAUCUAAAUGAACAAUCAAUGUUCUAUAAUCUAGGCUUGUGUGGAAAUAUAAAUGCCUUAUUAUUAGUAGCUAAGACUAAGAUAUAUUUGGGACUCUGCUGCUUAUAGAUUGAUUUUUAUUAGGAGUUUUAUUUAUGCUUUUGAUAGUUAGAAAAAACCUUAACAGUAGCCUCUAGUAUUAUAACACAAGGAGUGUUCAUUAUUCAAGGUUGAGGCUUGCAGGUGUUUUCUGUCUGUAUCGUGAGAAGCCGGGAGUGUAUGUGGGGAGGCAUGGUACUCCUCUCUGUGCUAGUCGAAACUUCUGAUAACUAUUCCACCCUGAAGCUUCCUGAAGACGUGUGGGAAAUAAUUCUUUAUUAAAUGAUGAAAUGUAUUUCUGUUUUUUUAUGCUGUUGCUGGGGAGACAUCCACAGACAGUAUGAUUGUGUAUGUGUACUGCAUAGC